AUUUCAUUUAAAGUCAAUGGUUUGUAGUUUCUAUAAGAAAGACUAGUACUAGUUCUCUCAGUCAAAGACCACAAAAUUUUUGUUUUCAGCUGAUCAAACUAAGGAUUUCCUCAGAGAUGGAUGCAAAUAACCGCGAGACCUCUACCUCUAGCGCCGAAACCAAACCCGAAAAGGAUGUUCUUAAAGUCAGACAUGAAGACCACUGCAUAGAAGAAAUGAAGACAAGAAUCGAAGAUGAACAUAAGACCUUCAAGAUCUCUUCCCCUAAGCAGGAAAGUCCAGUUAUUAAUAAAGAGGACAACGAACUUGAAUCUGCAAAAGCUGAGAUGGGUGAAGUGAAAGAAGAAAAUGAAAGGUUAAAGAAGAUGUUGGAGCGUGUCGAAAAUGACAGAAGGGUUCAGAGAGCAAGAUGUGACACACCAACUAUGAAUGAUGGAUGCCAAUGGAGGAAAUAUGGGCAGAAGAUUGCGAAAGGAAAUCCAUGUCCACGAGCUUACUAUCGUUGCACAGUUGCACCAUCAUGUCCCGUUAGAAAACAAGUGCAAAGGUGUUGCGACGACAUGUCUAUCUUAAUAACUACUUAUGAAGGGACACACAACCACCCACUUCCAGUAGCAGCCACGGCUAUGGCUUCAACAACCUCAGCAGCAGCAUCAAUUCUCUUGUCCGGUUCGUCAACCUCACAAGGCGGUCUUACUUCUUCAGUUCCCUCAAUGACCUCGGCCAACCUCAACGGACUAAGCUAUACCCUCUACAAUAAUUCAAGAACAGGACAGUUCAAUUUACCACAUUCUUCUGCACCAACACCACCAACAAUCACCUUAGACCUCACUGCUGCUACUUCCUCGGUUUUUAACAAAAGCCAUACCGCGAAUAAUUUUCUCCAAACACCAUCCAAUUACUCUUCUAGAAGCCUCGACUUUUCUUCUUCAGAUACAAAGAGUACAUUGUUUCCUGUUUCUUGGAGCAAUAACAGCUACCUAAAUUACAGCCUAUUGCCCUCAAAUAAACCUCCUGUUGGGUCCAUAAGUUUCGGAAAAUCAACUUAUGAACCAGUAAGUCAUCUUAGUUCAUUGGACCGGAUCAACGAUCAAGCUUCCACUUCUUCCUCUUCUUCUCAUCAAUUUUUAACUGAGACAUUAACCAAGGUACUUACUUCAGACCCAAGUUUUCAGUCUGCAGUAGCUGCUGCAAUUUCUUCUAUGGUAGGAAGCAGUAACAAUAACAUCACCAAUGUAAAUCGAACAAAUAAUGCUGAGUGUUUAAUUACCCAAAGCAUGAGAUGGGCGGAUCAAGUUCAAGGUGUUACAGGCAAUUCAUUGCCUCAGAAUGGCAAGGGUUGCGCGCCAACUUACUUAAACAAGCCUACAUCAUCAACAUCAAACUCGCAAUCCGCAGGAAACUUCAUGCUUCUACAACCUCCAUUUCCUUUUUCCCUUUCGAAAAGUUCUUCACCACAAGAUCACAAAGACUAGGUAAAUAAUGAUUUAUAUUCAACCUCAGUACUAAACUCUUCAUUUUUUUUUGUAUCAAUUGUAUCAUCGAAAUUUCAAACACAUUCAAGAAGAAUGAUUAUAGCAGCUUAUUAUAGAUAAUUGAAUGACCAUAUUGUGAAUUCAACUUAUUCCAAUGUAAAUAACGAGGUUUUUUUUGUUCCCUAUUAAUUACAUUAAUA